AGCAGGCGACCCACCGAUAACUGAAAACUCAAUCUUUCUCAUUCAGUUGUGUGGAACACUUGAGCGAGAGGGUUGUGGAGCCCCAGCCGUGCGCGAGUUCGUCGACUUCACAGGAAAAGUGCUGUUUGAACAAAGAACGUCACUUUUCAGUGUGGAAAGUGCCCCUCCAGCAUGAAUGUUCCCAUCUAACCCGCGACGAUGUUCCCCAAGUGUGUUAGUGGUGCAAGCACCGUGUCCCAGCUCCCCAAACUGUUCUUUUUGUUCUCCGUUAGCCAGUUGGUGUCUUCUUCAGCAGUGCCCGAGGACUGGGUGUCGGGAUCCCCCUUCUCGCACUUCGCGCCGGACGACAGCAGGGCCGACACUUUCACGUCGGCUUACCUGAACGUGUCCAACGAUGGAGUGCGUUGGGACAAGACGGAGGUGGGCCGCUAUGGGGGAGGCUACGUGGGGCCCGCCUUCGGGGUGCUGGUGCACGUGGCGGCCGAGAACAACCCCGACGACCACACCGGGUGCAAGCUCCCGCUGCACAGCACCAGGUCCAAUCGGAAGUUGCCGCCGCCAGGGGAGCCCUGGAUCGCCUUGAUCAAGAGAGGCCGCUGCAACUUUGAAGUGAAGGUCGAGAACGCCUUCAGGAGCAACGCUGCGGGGGUUCUGGUCUAUAAUGAUAGGGACUCCGCGACUUUGGACAAGAUGAAGUUGUCCAGUGACUCCGGACGUAAUAUAAGCGCCGUGUUUACCUACAAAUGGAAGGGAGAAGACUUGGCCAGGUUGGCUGAAAAUGAUUCCAAAGUUUACAUUCACAUCACUAUUGCGAGCCACACGUCCUCACGGACUGCCAACAUCAAUAGAACAUCUGUGUUAUUUGUCUCCAUCACGUUUAUUGUUUUGAUGAUCAUAUCCUUGGCGUGGUUGGUGUUCUACUACGUGCAGAGGUUUAGAUAUAUCCACGCAAAAGACAGACUGUCGCGAAGACUGGGAAAUGCAGCAAAGAAAGCGUUAUCUAAAAUCCCAACGAAAAACAUCAAAUCCGAGGACAAAGAGGUUCAAGGCGACGGGGAAUGUUGCGCUAUUUGCAUUGAACCUUACAAAAUAUGUGAUAUUUUACGCAUAUUACCUUGCGGUCAUGAGUUCCAUAAGAGCUGCAUUGAUCCUUGGUUGCUGGAACAUCGAACAUGUCCAAUGUGUAAAAUGGACAUCCUCAAGCAUUAUGGAUUUGUGUUUUCCGGUAGUCAAGAAAGCAUCCUACAGAUGGACGUGGAGGAAAUCGUAGUGUUAGACUCGACAGAGAGUCGUUCAACUAGUCCAAGAAGGGGCGGCGGUAUCAGUCCUUUGCCGGAGAUACGGGCCGUUGUCAUCGCUGACCGUCAGCGCCUGUUCGAGAGUUCGGCGGACGACGAAAGCAGCAGAUCUUCCACCCCUGACGAAAUGACUCCGAGUUUAUCGCAGGCAAGACAGUACCCCGUCAGACAGGACCUUUGCGUGAGCUGUAUAGCGGCAAAGGCGGCCGCGGCCCUGUCGAGCAGCCAAAGCAAGGAAAUGUCAACUUCUGACGAGGAACAAGACUCCAACCGGCCGGUGCUUUCAGUGAACAAUCAAAGUGAUGAUAAAUAAGACAGUUUUCUAUUACGGUGGUGCAGCAGUAGUCGUUAGGACUGCCGAAACUUUGUGAUAUAUUUCUAGUGGUUAAGUUUUUAUUUUGUCCAAUACGAAUAAAGGGUGCUUUCGUCCCAAAUACUAACAAUAAUUUAUCGUUCGCUAGAAUUCAUAUUCUAGUGUAAGUAAAUAGAUCUCUCGCGACGAGUUGAUUCCAAUUUUCCAAGAGAUUACAUCCAACUUAUUGGGCUUGGGAACUCAAUCAAGACUCCUGUUUUGUUUGACUAUUUGUUAUCAAGCGAACGAAUGACGCGUUUCUGAAGGAUAACAAGCUGUUACUUUAAUCGAAAAUAAAUUAGGAGUUUUAUGAUUUUGCUUCGCCCAAGCGUGACUUUAGUAUGAAGCGACGUGCUUAAUAUUUAAACUACUGUUCGCAGUAGUGCUUCCAAUUCACAUUGUUAUUGUCUGCUGGACAAUGUUUGUUUGUGGAAAACGAAUUUUCUUCUAUAAACGUUAUAAUUACAAUACAAAUCUUAAUACUGUGCCUUGUAAAUAUCUACAUUUGUGAUGUACGUGAUGCCCCGCACGAUGUAGGUAUGUGAGCAGUUUUGUUAUUUAUCUGUGAUUGUUAACGUUUGUUAGGGGCGUCGUGUAUACUUUUUCUGAGACUUACAACCGAGCAUGUACUUCAUCUUAUUUUGCUUGUAAAUAUUAUGCUAAAAUUGAAAUUGACUGAAUUAAAACUCUAGAUAUGAA